UUCGCGACCACAGCUCACGAAAAACUCAAUCUGUUACGUAUUCACAUACGUUUUCUAUGAAUGAUAUCCCCUUGAAGCAAUUGCAAAAUAUAAAGGAUGAAAUCAAUCAAAUAUAAAUACUAAAUACCGCUAUAAAUUACUGAUCAUAUAUUUCAACCAGAGGUCAUGUAACAAAACAUUCUUAGAUGAAUGACCAAAAGGAUUCUAUAUAUAAAUAAGAAUAAAGAAAUGAAAAGAUAGAAACAUUGACGGAGGACGGAACAGUAUUUCUCCCUCUGACGUCGCAAGCCGAUGACCUUUAAUACAAUCAUUGCACAGAAUAAAUAAAUGAUUACUUAAAAUAAAAAUAAUUCGGGACCAUGAAGGAGCCCACAUACCAAUGAUUAGAAAGAAACUCAGCUUUGCGACGUUAGAACAGGGUUAAACCGCGAGGACGAGUAACGCACCCUCUCAAAAAUGACGAAAUCUUGGAAAUUUCCACGUAUAUAUUGAUACGAGUCAAUCUAAGAAUGAUGUGACUCCGAUUGAAAUAAAUGAAAAGACAAACGAAGAAUGAAAUACAAAAGAGAAAUCAUAAUUCUGAAAAAUAGAAGCAAUUGCAAAGUAUAAAUACCGCUAUAAAUAACUGAUCAUAUAUAUCAACCAGAGGUCAUGUAACGAAACAUUCUUAGAUGAAUGACCAAAAGGAUUCUAUAUAUAAAUAAAAAUAAAGAAAUGAAAAGAUAGAAACAUUGACGGAGGACGGAACAGUAUUUCUCCCUCUGACGUCGCAAGCCGAUGACCUUUAAUACAAUCAUUGCACAGAAUAAAUAAAUGAUUACUUAAAAUAAAAAUAAUUCGGGACCAUACAGGAGCCCACAUACCAAUGAUUAAAAGAAACUCAGCUUUGGGACGUUAGAACAGGGUUAAACCGCGAGGACGAGUAACGCACCCUCUCAAAAAUGACGAAAUCUUGGAAAUUUCCACGUAUAUAUUGAUACGAGUCAAUCUAAGAAUGAUAUGACUCCGAUUGAAAUAAAUGAAAAGAAAAACGAAUAAUUUAAAUACAAAAGAGAAAUCAUAAUUCAGAAAAAUAGAUAAAUUCGACUGUUGCAUCAAAAAGGAUGCAUGAAAAGUCAAGAAAUAACGUAAACUAAAUAUUCCAUAAGACAAUGGCCAUGAAAAGUUAUGAAAAAAUAGAAUUUGUUAAUAAACAAUUAACAAACAUUUAUAACAACAAAAUGCAAAUCAGUGGAAAAGAAAGAACGAUCACCGGGGUAAGCACCCACCAAAAAUCUUUUCUUAAUCUUCAUAAACAGUUGAGAUAUUUAUUUUUGAAGUUUCAUACAGACACAUACAAGCCCAUGUAUCCGUGUGUCCACAAAACUUUGGAAAAUUCUAGCGUACGCAUUAUUGAUGAUGGAGAAAUGGUUUCCAUACAAAAGGGACUCCAUAUUCUGAAAACUAUUUAUUUCACUCAUAAAAAUAAUAAAAUUUAUUAACAAAUAUAAUUGUUGUAAACAAAAUAUACAUGAAAUAUUCUACGAACAAUUCACAAAAAUCGUAAAAGGAAGUUCUGUAGAUCCUAAAUAUGUAUUUCAAAAAUCUCUUCUUAAUCUUCAUAAAUAGUGAAGAUAUUCAUUUUUAAACUUUUACACACACCCACACAUACAAACCCAUGUAUCGGUGUGUCCACAAAAACUUUGGAAAAUUCUAGCGUCCGCAUUAUUGACGAUAGAGAAAUGGUUUCCAGACAAAAAAGGACUCCAUAUAUUGAAAACUAUUUAUUCCAUUCAUAAAAAUGAUAAAAAUUAUUAACAAAUAUAAUUGUUGUAAACAAAACGUACAUGAAAAAUCCUGUAAACAAUUCAGAAAAAUCGUAAAAGGAAGUUCAGUAGAUCCUUGAUAUGUAACAAAAAAAAUCUUUUCUUAAUCUUCAUAAACAGUGAAGAUAUUGAUUUUUAAAUAAUUCACACUAUACACACACACUCAAAUCCUUGUAUCGGUGUAUGCAAAUAAAGUUCGAGAAUUGAUAGCGCUUUCCCUAUGGGACAUAUGCAAAAACAUCCCAUAUAGAAACUACGGCAUAAAUUGUGAACUACAAAAAUAUGUAAUAAAAAAUUGUAAAAGUCAAUAGACAAAACUGAAUGUCUAUUGACAUGUCAUUAAGAAUUACCCCUAAAAAAUCUAAAAUUGGCGAAAUUAGUGCAUUUAAAUAACAAGAACAAGAAUAUGAAAGAAAAUUAAACAAAACUCAACAAUUUAAACAUGUCAAUUUUGAUAAAUUAGCGAUCUUAAUUGUAAAUGUUAAUAACCACGAAAUUAAUGAACGAAUUGCUACCGAAAAAUCCAUAAAAAUAGUCCACUGAAUCCUCUAACGACUGAGCCAUUGAUUAGAUUUUUCACGUUAUAAACAACGCCAUUAAAAGUUAAUAAACAUUUUUCAAGGUCAAGUCAAUAUCUCCGAAAGUUGUAUAGUUAAGAAAAUGAAAAUUUAUGGAAAAAUGCUAUAAAAUGUGGACAUUUGAAUGGAUGAAUAAUUGUUCCUGAUUACUGAAAAAUACUAUUGUUAUUAACAAUUGAAAUGUUAUAAAAAAUUGUCAAAAAAGUUUUAAUACUAGAAUCGUAUUUCUAGACCAAAAAUAGGGUCAAAAACGAAUUUUGUCAAAUUUGUCAAGAGACAAUGUCAAUAGACAAAAAUUGCUUAUAGUAGUACCAUGAGGAUGCCAAAAGGAUCCAUUUAAGCUAUAGUGAAAAUCACGUUCAAAAAUUAAUUUUAAAACAGAAAAAUCAUUGUCAAAAUAUCAGAAAUAAUUUUUAAGAAUUAAAAAUGUAAAAAUGAAAAAUGUAAUAAGGCAUAAGAGAAUGUCACAGCAUUAGAUGAGACUACACACAGAACAUAUGAAUACGCAUCACGCGCCAUCCCUACUCUCAGUCAAGUGGAGUUGCACGUUAAACGAAGCAUCCCCACCAUCCCUACUACUGGAUAGCGUGCGCCAACGAUCGACGCGGUGAAUAAUCGGUCAGAGUAGUCUCAGUGCCGCAGAGAAACGGCAGUUCAACUUCAACAUCAGCCAGCAGCAGUCAUCUCUCCGAAGAGCUCCGGGAACAUUAAAUCGACUAAGUUCCAAAUUAUUUUUGGACUUAGAAAAUAUUUCAAAAGAAAACGUCAAUAAGUGAAAUCAAAAAAAAAACUUUAUUCAAAAAGACUACAGAAAACGUAUCAUCCAUCCAGCCAAGCAGCCGUCCAGACAGCGACCCAAAGGACUAAUUAUAAAAGAAACAACGAAAGUGAGUAACGUGAGGAAAACAUUUAUUCUUUCUACCCGGAUGUCGUUUGAUAUUCCAAAAAAGGAAAGUUUAACCACUAUUUACGGUUUUCGGUAAAUUCUCAACGUUAAAAUAAAUCAAUCUAGCAUGUCCUUCUUAAAAUCGGCAAGUCAAAUUUUAAUCGGCUACCGCUCGACGGUUAAAAAUUGUUAUUUCGGCUUCCCUAAAUUACUAAGAUCAAAAACGGAAGGACAAUAUUGAAACAAUGACACCAACUGAGAUUUUAUUUCUUUUAAUAACACCAAAUUCACCGGAAAUACGUAACAAAAAUGGUGCUAAGUGUGGGGUUUUUCUCAGUCACUUUUUCGUUUUUUUUUAUUGCAUUAGUUGGCUGGUCGCACACGUAAUUUUAAUCUAAUGAAUUUUAGCACUUUUAACGCCUAUCAUCCUAGAAGAUACGAUAUACUGACCAAUGUUCGUUUUUCGUUUCAUCCUUCAUUUUAUUUUACUCGAGUUUUUUUUUGUUCUGAAAGAAAAAAAGUAAAUCUCAAAAAUUAAUCGAUUAAUUCAACUCGUUACCAUAUAUAUAUUCAUACAGAUUCAUUGUUUUUUUUUUGAUUUUUGAAAUACAUUAACAAAAUUUAUAUAUAUAGAUAUCAAUACUUGCAUCAAUCAAAAUGGAUAAUUACGAAACGAAUGUGGGUGAGAUACCAGAGCAAUUAGAAGAAGCCCGCGAGCUUAAUCAACAACUCUUGGAAAGAUUGAAAUUAAUCGAAGAACAGGCCCAAAUAAUUAAAGACCUACAAGCUUCAGUAAAACAAUUGAAAGAAUGUCAAACGCAGACUAGUAAUUCUCCGUCGGAAGGAGACUUUGAACGACCCAAUAUUUCAAAUCAAAAUUAUUUGGCAACUAACGUAAUUCUGGAUGAGAUGGCUACCCUUAAGAAUGACAUAGAUUUAUUGAAAAAUAAAACUGCACAAUCACAACCCAGCAAUACACCUAUCAAUGCGCACUACAUUCCGAGUAGAAUCACAGUUAAAGAUGCACUCUCGUAUAUACCUUCUUUUGACGGUUACAAUAUAACAGUUACACAAUUUAUGAGAGCUUGCAAUCGUGCAUGCUCUAUGCUCGACCAGUCUACCGUUCCCAUGUUUUUAGCACUUGUUCGUCAGAAAUUUAAAGGACGUGCACGAAUAACCUUAGAAAAUUUGGAAUAUCAAACACCUCUGGAACUUGAAACUAAUUUACGCAACUUUUUUGAUCCUUAUAAAACUGCAAAUGAAUUGAAAGCAGCGCUUGAGAAUGUUUGCAAGAAAUCGCAAGAGCAUGUUGUAGAUUACAUUAACCACGUUAAAAGCCUCUAUUCUGAUGUAAUUAAAACUGAAACGCUUGAAAGAGAAUAUUUAACAGUAGAAGAUGUCACUAAACUUGAAAAAGAUACUAUUAGAGCCUUUCUGAAUGGUCUUCCACCUUCGCUUCGUAUCCAAUGCUUAUCUAAACCCCAUACGACUCUAGAUGAAACAUUUAAAAAUACAAUCGAAGUGUAUAAAAUCCACGAACGCGACAUGACUCGAUUUCACGAGCCCCAAAAUUUUAUUGGCACAACUCAAACUAACUCACACAGCUCUGGAGUUAAUGCAAACAUUCCACAAGAGGACAACCGCGUUUUCAAUCGACGGGACAACGAAACUUCACAUCGAAACGGGUUCAGCAAAACACCACAAGGGUUUAGUAACUCAAAAGCAAUAUCUCAAAAUAGAUAUCACAAUAAUCAUCCCAGGAAUUUCAGCAACCCAGGUUCAUGGAAUAAUCAUCGCUUUUCUGCAAAUCGAAACAAUUUUAGUUCCUUUAAUAAUACUGGUACUCAAAAUUAUUCAAGUAAUAGCAAUUUUGGGCAGGAAAACGGCAAUAAACCAAGCUAUAUACCGGGAGUUUUUUGUGAAUUAUGUCGAUCGCCAGGGCAUAACUUGAGUAACUGUAGAAAGUUAGCUUACAUGAACAGACAAAAAGAAAUGAAUUCAAAAAAUGGCCAACUCCCCGAACAGAAUAUUGGCGGGUUUACGGGGAGCAAUCCGAAUCAAAUCCCGUCACUAUCUCAAAACCCGUGCAACCAAUCGAGCGAAAAUCAAAUCCAACCGAAUUUCCCCUCGACUUCGGGAACAACCACGGGAACUCAAUAAAACGCGAUUGCACACUACGAAGUUCUAAAUUAAAUAUUCAGGACACUUUGAAAAGCGCAAUUAAUAGUAAUAUAAAUAUUUCCGGAGCGGAUCUAGCGAAAAUCCCGAUCAAAACCAUAGAAGAAUUAUACGUCGAUCAAAGAGCACGAACAAUUAAUGCCAUCAAAACACAUGAAGGGCUUAGGGCGUUAUGGGAACAAAAACCAUCAUUAAUGCGGUACGGACUCGGAUAUCAUGAAGAAUUGAGACAGAAAUCCCGGGGGUUAAAAAAAGUACAGGACUCAGUUAAUAAUAAUCAAUUCGAAAAAAAUAAUUCAGAGACGAACGUUAACAUUAAUUGUAUACCUGACGAACCGAUUAAUGCGAUAGUUUCCCCAGUAGAAUCAGAGAUUAAAAUUUCCACAGAAAAUACAAAAAUAAAUUCCGAUUGUUCCAUUAACACCACUGCGCGGCGCGCGUCUGAACAACUAUCUAACGCUAAUGAAUCCGUAGCUACAAAUCCUCCCAAUCGAACACAUACGGAAUCAAAUAACCCUAAAACAUCAUCAAUUGAAACUAGCGAUGUCCAUCAUCUAAAAGAAGCACAAUUAGACACGGAAAAAUCAAUUGAAAAUCUCAGAUUAACCGCGCCCGUAAAACCCAAUGGAUCUAGUGAGAGGACUACUGCAGAAAAACUUCUCGAUUCGAAAGGACAGACAGAAUUAAAGCCUUAUUCUCGUAUUGCUCACGUGCAAAUUGGAAAAACAAAGAUCGCGUCCGUUACAUUAUACUCAUCACAAUUAAAAUUACCAACGGUGAUGAUGAUCGAUAGUGGUGCGGAAGUCAAUUUAAUUAAAAUCAGCGCUCUUAAUUUUCACGCCCCAAUGAAUAACAAAGACAUUAUUGAGCUUCACGGUAUUACUGACAAUUUUAUUAAAACCCUUGGAACCGUUUUAAUUAACAUUGAUAACUAUUCCAUAAAAUUUCAUGUAGUGAGCGACAAUCUUCCUAUAAUUCAGGCCGGAAUUAUUGGCGCAGAAUUUUUCCAUGAGUUCAGAGCCACUCUUUCGUAUGAAUCUAAAACUUUUUCUUUCCAUAAUGUAGUGAUGGAAAUAACUUACGACGACUAUCAAACAAUUCCUAAAAAUUCUUCCUGUGCAUUUACAGUUCAAUUAACCAAAGAUUCACCCACGGUUGGCCUUAUCUCGGAUAUUUACAUUGCAGACAAGGUUUCCAUAAUUGGAAGUCCAGAAUUGAAUAUUCAAGGAAACGCAUACAUCAGAGCUAUCAAUCAAAGUGAUCAAGAUUUGACCUUGCCUACGCCUGUGAUUAAGAUGGGCCAGUGUAGUUGGUUAACAUGUAGAGGAGAGACUGAUGCACAGCGCGAACUGAUCCGCGAAAACAAUUUUCAAGAAGAGCCUAAUUCUCAUAUUCAAAAACUCGACUAUCUAAGUCACAAGCCAAAUUGGUUCGCAAGUCCACCUCUCGAUACUAUUCCCAUUAAUGUAGUCUCAAGCGAUAAACUCACUGCUGAACGUGCAAAAUCUAUACAAAACCUCCUCUAUCUCGAUCAUUUGACUGAAACAGAAAAUACUGUAAUUACUGAACUCAUUAGCCAACACCAAGACCUUUUUGUUCUUAAUGGCGAAGCUUUAGGUGCUACAAAUGCUAUUUUUCAUCAAAUUAAUACAAUAGAUGACGUACCUGUAUUCAAACGACAAUAUAGAUUCCCUCCUAUUCACAAAGACGAAAUUAUAAAACAAUGUACAGAAUUAGAGGCAAGAGGUAUAAUUAAACCAUCCGAUUCGCCCUAUAGUUCUCCCAUUUGGAUAGUUCCGAAAAAGGAAGAUUCCUUAGGAAAUAAAAGAUGGAGAAUGGUAAUUGACUACCGAUCUCUCAAUGAAAAAACCAUCGGGGACGCCUACCCUCUCCCAAACAUUAAUGAAAUAUUAGACCAGUUGGGAAAUGCCCAAUAUUUCUCAAGCUUUGACCUUGCUAGUGGAUUCCAUCAAAUCCCUAUUCAUCCUAAUGACACACAUAAAACCGCAUUCUCUACACCCUAUCAGCACUAUGAGUUUACGCGCAUGCCCUUCGGUCUCAAAAACGCACCCCCAACAUUCCAAAGAAUGAUGGAUAAAGUCCUAAUUGGAUUACAGGGUAAAGAAUUAUUCGUCUACAUGGAUGAUAUAGUGAUCUAUUCUCAGACUCUUGAAGAGCAUGUUCGAAAGUUUCAAAAUUUAAGUGAGCGCUUACGAAAGGCUGGUUUGCAACUCGAACCGGAUAAAUGUCACUUUUUAAAGAAAGAGAUCAAUUAUCUGGGACACAUUAUAUCAUCUGAUGGAGUACGUCCGGAACCAAAAAAAUUAACAGCUGUCCAAAAUUUUCCAAGACCAACCAAUCAGAAAAAUAUCAGACAAUUUCUUGGCCUAACCGGGUAUUACCGUCGAUUCAUCCCAAAUUAUGC